AGAAGGAAAUGGGUGCUUUGUAAACAUUCUUGCUCAAGAUUACACCAAGACAGGAUGGAAAAAAAGCAGUCGAAGGUAAAGGUCAUUGUGAGAGUCCGACCCAGUCUGAACGAUGAUGCCAAAAUAUGUGUCAGUACAGAUGCUAAUUCAGUAGAGAUAUUCAACCACAGAAAUGUCAAUGAAAACAUCAAAUAUGAAUUUUGUUCAGUGUUUAAUUCUUCCAGUACACAACAAGAGAUUUAUUUCCAGUGUGUUAAAGAUAUAAUUCCAAAUGCCCUGAGAGGAGAAAACCUGUCUAUCUUUGCCUAUGGACCAACAGGAGCAGGCAAGACGCAUACAAUGUUGGGAUCUCCCAGUGACCCUGGUAUCAUAACACGUGUUAUUAAUGGUCUCUUCAAGAUAAUAGCAGAAAACAGUGAUAGUGUUGCACAAUACAAAUACUCUGUGUCAUUUUCCUAUCUAGAGAUCUAUAAUGAGAAGGUGCAGGAUCUGCUGGAACCAAGCAACAAUGAUCUGCCCAUUAGAGAGGAUGGGGAACACAACAUCUUUAUUGCGGGACUAGCAGAGAAGACAAUUACAAGUUUUGACGAGUUUAAGCUCCUUUUUGGUCCUGCUUCAAAUAACAGAACUGUAGCUGCAACAAAGCUGAAUGACCAUUCGAGUCGCAGUCACAGUAUCUUGAUGUUAAAAGUGCAUAAAGUUCAGCAAUGUCCACCGUACAGAGAGUACAGUGGUAAAAUCUACCUUAUUGAUUUAGCUGGAUCCGAGGAUAACAGAAGGACAGGAAAUAAAGGAAUAAGACUGAAGGAAAGUGGUGCAAUCAACAAGUCUUUGUUUUCACUGGGAGAAGUUGUGGAUGCCAUUAACAACAAUUUGCCUCGAAUCCCUUAUAGAAACAGCAAGCUGACUAGACUACUUCAGGAUUCCAUCGGUGGAUCAUGUCACUCAAUAAUGAUCACAAACAUCGCCCCCGAGGAGCACUAUUACUACGAUACCUACUGCACACUGAACUUUGCCAGCAAAUCUAAGAAGAUUGUCAACACAACCACUGUAUCUACUUGCAUCAGAGAACCAUCAAUUUGCAGGCCAUCAACCACGAGUCUGAAGAGAGCCUACUCGGUACCAGCAGUUGGUGAUCCGAAGAAGCCGAAACUUUCAUCGAAAUCAUCACUGCGAUCUCUGACCAGUCUGCCGUACCCUCCACAAGAAUCCACAGACAUGCCUGUACUCUGUGAUCCCGCACCUCUCCUUAGUCCUCUCCUGAGAAGACAGACCAACUUGGAGAAAACUGUGGAUUCCAUUUUGCAACACAUUCGCCAACAGGAAACAAAACAGAAGUCUGCUGUUGUUCUUAGCCCGUCUGCUACAGCCGACAUUCAGAAGCAGUUGGCAGUCUGCCAGCAACAUCUGAUGAAGCUUUACAAACAGCAAGAGUCCAACAAGCUCAACAAAGAUGACAGUCGACAAGUACUGAAAGAUAAGACAAAUGCUAAACCGGUGCACAAGCCUGUAGUAAAGAAAGAGAUAGAUGACAGUGAUGGAAUUACGUGCAGUCCUUUGUUUGCUACGACCUCCAGAGUCUUCAAGAAAGGCUUCAAGUCAACUGCAGUGAAAACAGAGAAUGAUGAAUCUCCCAAGAACAGAAUUAAAGAGCUGUGUCGGUCGUUCAAUCCUGAGUUACAGAAGAAACACAAUGCACAGUUUCUGAAUAUUAUAAAUACUGCAUCAAUCAAAGAACUGCAGAAUCUUCACACUGUUGGCAACAAGCGAGCCAGACUCAUCUUCGAAUGGAGGGAACUCAACGGCUGCUUCACAGAGCUAGAAGAUCUGAAGAAAGUCCCUGGUUUUUCAGAAAAGAAAUAUCAGACACUUUUACAAAGUAAUCUUGUGAUGCAAUUCUCUUAAAAUGAAGAUCAGUUUACCAUAAUCUGGUUGGUGCUGAACACCCCAAAGACUUCUUACCAACUCCACAGUUCAUCUGAUGACUUAAGAAGAAAAAUGGUGCGCAAAACAGAAAUUAGCUGUCUGGAAUGGUAUAUACACAUAAUAAAAUGUAUGACCAUUCAGUAAUGUGAUUUCAAGCCUCAGGAAAUUGCAAGACUGAUCUGUUUCUUUGUGCAUCAUUCAUGCAAAUCUAAUAUUGUGUAAACCUGAUUUUUUUUCGUUCACGUAGUAAAUUUAGAACAUUAUUUCCAUGGACAUAAUGGAUUACACAAGAAGGAAACGGUUUACCUGAAUUUAAUAAUAAAUGGGUUAUGCACAUUCUCAGAGGCCUAGAUUUCCACAGUGGUCUCUGCUAGUCGUUGGCAGUAACAUGUGGUCACGGAAAUCGCGACAUUGUCUCACGGUUUCCAGCGUCAAGUGUUCUUGUUCUAAGGGAGAUUCUGUAUCUUAAGAAAUGAACUAGGAGCUGUACACUUGUUGCUUAGCCUUGCAAUUCAACAAAUUCUGCUUGGAACAUAAUGGAUGUUCCAUAAAUCACCGUGGGUAGGAUUGGGGGAGGUGCCAGUUAUUAUUAAAGGGACAUUCCUGAGUUUACUGCAAGUUUUAAGAUCUUAUCGACUAACAGAGACUUUUUAAACGAUUGUAAUUACAUAUCAAAUAUAUUUUUCUGCAUAAAAUA